CUCGCAUAAUAUUUUCUUCCAGGGCUUAGGGUUCUUCCGUCAUGGUCGAAGGCGCGCGCUCCAUCGCGAAAGAACCCACGCGUCCUCGACCGCAAUCCAGGAUUCCAGCGUCGUGGGAGCUAGCUCCAUAGCGAGGUAAUCGUUUCUUCCUGGGAGAUUUCGGGAGAUUUCCCAUCAUCGACACAAGAAAGACUCAAGAACAAGAAAGAAAGAAUGCUGGCUGUGGCGCUGCCGCUAGAAUCCACGCUGUUUCUCAACAGCAAGAAGCAGCAGCUCCGAGCAAGCUCCAGCUCCACAUUCUUCUCCGGCGCUGGCGGGAACCGCAGGAAUUUCAUCGCGAUUCCUUCCACUCAUCGCCACGUCCAGCGGCUCCCCGUUGUGACCGCCACGGUGAAGCGGACCAAAGACUACGUCCUGGACAAGGUAGUGGAGCGAGAAAAAAAGGUGAAAGUGGUGAACAAGGUGAAGAACAUCCUGGUAAAGCAGCCCGGGAAGGUGAUGUCCCUGCGAGAUCUUGGGCGAUACAGGCACUACAUUGGCUUGCAAGCCAAGAGGAGGUUCGUAUCACUGCUUCGCAAGUUUCCGGGGGUGUUUAUCAUCUUCGAGGAGGGAGCUGGGUGUAUGUACUGUAGGCUUACCGCCAGCGCCGAGGCUCAGUACAAGGAAGAGAUGGAACUUAGAAAACAGCUAGAGGAUUCCGCGGUCUUCAGGCUCCGGAAGUUCUUGAUGAUGUCCGUGGAUAGAAGGAUCCUGGUGUCGAAGAUCAUCCAUCUCCGGCACGACUUGGGCUUGUCCGAUGGUUUCCACACGCAGUUCCCGGCCAAGUAUCCCGAGUACUUUAAGCUGGUUGAUACCGCCAUGGGACCAGCGCUGGAAGUUAACAAGUGGGAUCCCGAGCUGGCCGUGACGUUCGAGCAGAAGAAGCUGGAGGCGACACCGCAGGAAGACUACGAGGAGAUCACAGUGAGCGGAAGAGUUCCAAAGUUUCCCAGGCUGACACUUCCUAGAGGCUACAAGCUUCCCCGGAAGGAGAAGGAGAAGCUCCUCAAGUUCCAGCAGGUGCCUCUCCUAUCCCCGUACGACGAUUCGAGGGACUUGAAUCCAGCGUCCAAGCAGGCCGAGAAGCGCGCCGUGGCGCUGGUGCAAGAGCUCCUGCACCUCACUCUCGAGAAGAAGACGCUGGUGGACCACCUCACGCACUUCCGGUCCGACUUCAAGUUCUCGCAGAGGCUGCGAGGGAUGCUCAUCCGGCACCCCGAGAUCUUCUACGUCUCCUUCAAGGGCCAGCGCGACUCGGUGUUCUUGAGGGAAGCGUACAACGAGAACUCCCAGCUCCUGGAGAAGGAUCCGCUGGUGCUCGCAAAGGAGAAGCUGGCAGCGCUUGUUAAGAUCGACAAGAGCGCGAUGAAAGUGCUCGACGAGAGCGAGAGCGGCAGCGAAGACGACGAUGGCAGCUGGUCCGACGACGAGGAUAUGUCGCCCGAGACGAGGGAGUUCCUCGAGGAGCGCCGGAGGAGGAGAGAAGUUAUGAUCGCCUUGAGACCCAAAGUGGAGCCUUGGUAAGCACUAAAGGUACGUCCAUGGUAUGCGGUCAAGCGAUUCUAUAACCUUUCCAGAUUAUCCGAGAGUUUUCUUAGAGAAUGAUAAUAUAACUCUGUGGUGGCUAACCGCAUUCUUCUUCUUAUCCUUGUAGUUGCGGCCCCACUUUUCCAGCCGCCAUGAAAGCCGCGAGUUUACUCACGGCCGCAGCCGCCACUUACACGUAUGUAUUUAAUGGACUUUCUUCUCUCUUGAGCGCCAUAUAGUUUCCAUUCGAAUUCCAGGAUCAAAGCAAAGCAUCCGGCGAAGAAGAAUCGCGUUGCUCACAAGCAAAGUAGCGGACAAUGGUUGGGCUUAUGGGAAAGUUUUGGGAUGGUGUGCUUGAUCGGCCCCGAGCCAAGCAAGCUGGUGAUGGUAAGCUCGCUCGCUCACUCUCUCUCUCUCUCUCUCUCCAGAUUGCUAAUUGGUUUUCUUGGUAUCGCCAGAGAUGGCUGCGAAGAAAGAAAGAAAUGUGGAAGUUCCCAAGGAGAAUGUUUCCCGGAAGAUCAUCCUGGUCAGGAAGAACACGCCAUUGAGCUCGUCGCUGUCUCUCCCGUCCUGGCGAGACGUUCUACAGAAGAUGGAAGAAUCCGCAGCAUCCAUGACUACUUUCGAAUCACUAUUGGAAGUCUGUUCCUGCUGAAACAAAGAAAUGUAGCAAAGUUUCUUGUAAAAAUCACUCAAUACAGGUCGCGUAAAAUCUAGUC